AAUAUGAACCAUUACUGAAGGUGUAGGCACGUGUAGGCGUGUAGGGUAAAUAAAAAGCUUAAUGUUAAAUGUAGCUGAUUAUUGAUGGUUUAUGUGAAUUGAAACGUAUAUAGAUCCGAAGAAUGAGACUAUUUUUAAAAUUUCGUAAAGAAAUUAUUAAAACAUGAGGCCGUUAUGGAGCAUUAUUUUAUUUGACACCCAUGCAUAUCAUAGCUUGUGCGAAAAUGUAUGUGUGAUUUGAUUUCACAUGAUCCGAGUAGACCAAAACAAAAAUUGCAAAAUAUUUACCUACAUGGGUAUUUACUAUGGAUAACAAGUAGCCGGGUAAACACUUUAAAAGUUAUCAGUGCAAAAUUUAGGGAUGUAUGAUUUUCCAAAUUUUCCAUGGGUUUGUCGCAUAUGCUUCAAGUUAACACAGGAUUGCAACAUAAACGAUCGUGCCAGGUUGGAAUAUGACAAUCCUUGCACAACAUAUGAAGACUUGCUGAAUGAACUUUAUUUCCUUUCAACAGAAGAAUAUGCAAACGAGCUGCCUAAACAUCUUUGUAAAUCGUGUGCACAUCGUUUGAAAGAAAUUUCAAACUUUAGGCGACAGGCAAUUCAAGUUUUAAAGUUUUCUAUUGCUUUAUUGAAGUUUAAGCAAACCAAUGAUUCGAAAACUAUAGAGGAUCUGUUCAAAUCUGACGAAUCUGAUCAAUUGCGACACGUGCUAAGUCGUUUGCACGUGAUCGACAGCGAAGAGUUCACGAUCGAUGGUCUGAUUCGAGAUAUCAAAAACAAUUGUACGAUCGACAACACAGAGGAAGAAGUCGUUUUUGAAGAAGUUACAGUUGACGUUGCAACGAAUCUAAACUGCGAAACAAUAUCAGAUGUUGAGUUAUCCAACAAUGAAGCAAUUGAACAGGAAUCCGAAUCUGAAGAACCAACAAAGAAGACAAAACGAAAACAGAGAUCGAAAUCACGUAAAACAGUUAUUCACAAGGAUGGUCAAAAAUUCAAAUUAUGCCCAAUGGAAGGUUGCGGUGGAGAAUAUCUGAUUGGGAAUCGUGCGGCUUAUCUGCAACAUGAGAAGAAUUUCCACCGAUAUGGAUGUAACGUUUGUGGGCGAGUUUUAGCUUCGCGAACAUCCUUUAACAACCAUGUGCUGCUGCACGAUGGCGAGCAGGCCAAAGUAAAGUGCGAAUUUUGUGAGAGAACAUUCACCACCAAAGGAAAUAUGAUGGUCCACGUCAGAGAAGUGCAUAAUAACACCGGAAUACACUUCAACUGCCAAUACUGCGAGAAAGGUUUUAUGGAACAAAAAGAUCUCAAUGCUCAUCUUCACGACCACAACGUGUGCCAAAUUUGUGAUGAAACUUUUGCCGAUCUUUCUGGUUGGAUCAGCCAUACUCGUAGGGAACAUCCUGAUACGUUAUUCACCUGUGACCACUGCGAUCAUACAUCAUUGAGUCAUGCCCUGCUGGAUCGACAUAAACGCAUGAAACAUUCCGAAAGUAGCAAAGAGCAAAAAACCCGAAGGUUCACCGUUUUUGCAAUCAAUAGCGCUUCAUUUGACCAAUGUCCUCAGUGCAAUUUGCAAUUUACCAGUGAAGAGUUCUUACUUCAGCACAACGAUCAAGUCCAUAACAAAACACAAACGGAUAAGCAUGAUCGAUCAACGAUCAAGCGGAGAACUAAAGAAGAACGCGAGAAAUUCGCUCUUCGAUACAGUUGUGACAUCUGUGGCAAAAUGUAUCGGUUCAAGAAUUCUCUGUGGUCUCACAGGCACAAAGAACACAGCCUGGAUCAAAAGACUGCCAUAUGCGACAUGUGUGGUCAGAAUUUCAAACACCAUUCCUACCUCGCUGCUCACAUAGCUAACAUACACGCCACGGAUUUUCCCUUCCGGUGCGAAAGUUGCCCCAAAGCUUACUCCCAAGCAUAUCUCCUCAAAGAGCACGCGAAAUCGCACAACACUGAAAAGCGCCACAAGUGUCCGCACUGUGACUAUCGAGCCAAGCAGUCCCAUUUGGUGAAAGAUCAUGUCGUUCGGAUGCACUCAACGGAACGCCCAGCCAAAUGCGGCGAAUGCGAUCGAGCGUUUAUCAACAAUAGCGAACUGAAGAAGCACAUGGCCGUGCACAGUGGGAAGAUGCACUUCCAGUGCGACGAAUGCGAUCAAGUGUUUCGACGGAAGAUGGAUCUUGGGCGACACAAAGCCCGGAUACAUGAGGCGGCAAGUUUGGGCAAGAAGCGUAAAUUGGAUAAAACUUCGAAUGGUGAUGGGAGGGAACAGCUGGAUAGUGUUCAAAAGGCGUUGUCAGUAGGUAAAAAGAGAACCGUUAGAAAGUCAGCAAUCACAGGGAAGUCAGCGAAAACGCAACAAGAAACAAAUAAAAUAAACGUUUACUAGUAUGUAACAAUAGAUAACAA